GUAGCUUUCGUGUUGUUUUUGCAAACAAAAAUACUGAAACUCCGGUAAAUGUUAAAAAAAGUGUAUUUAUUGUCAUUAUUAACAAUUCAAAAUGAAUCAAAGUGCUACUCAAUCCACGGAUCGGAAACAACGUUACAAAAUAUUGUAUGAUGACCUGACAAAUCUCCAUAACACUAUUGGAGUUCGCAUGGUCAGUGAAACAUGUCGAGCUGUGCGUAACAUCAUUCAGACCUGUGAUGACAUACAUCGUGAGGGUAGUAUAGGCGAUAAACUAGAGAAUCCCAGUGAAGUGGUCAUUGAUGCUCAGAUUAUAAAGAGCACACAUGAAUCUAUCUCAAAGUUACUAUUGGCAAAUUCGGAAUUUAACGAUGGCAUAUAUCAAAAUGCUAUAAGUGCCUUAAUUUCCCACAAUGACACUGAAGACUGGAGAGACAUAACCAGGAUGGCAAUUCGUUGUUGCAGUACAGUGGCCACAAAGUCAUCCAUGCUAGGUGCCAUUGAUAUCGAGCCCAAAGAGCGUGUAGUCAAAGAGCGCCAACAACGUAAGCGAACAGUUCUCAGUCAAGAGCAAAGACCAGAAACUAUAAAUCAACUAAAACGCGACGAUCGAGGUGCCGAAAAAGUUAAUAUUUUGCUGAAACAAGUCAGUGAUUUGUUUCGCGCCAACAACCGCCAACCCAUUCCGUACUACCAACUUAUCAUAGAUCCACAUAAUUUUAUGAAUACUGUAGAGAAUGCAUUUCAAAUGGCUUUUUUGGCUCGUGAUGGUAAUAUUGCCAUUGAAAGUGGUAUUGAUGGAAAUCCGCAAGUACGUUUAGCCUCAAAAGAUGAAAUAGAAAUGCAUCCGGAUACAUCGCAAUCGAUUUGUUCAUUGAAUAUGGAUUUGUGUGCGAGAAUGAUAGACUUAUAUGACAUAAAAGAAGCCAUGCUUUAUGUACCCACAGACAUAGACGAGGAAACCCAGCUGGAACAAAUAGAAGAAGAAGGGGAGAGUGAUUAAAAACCAAUCGAAGUCAAGCUCGUGCACAUAAAUAUCCCAAAAAAUAAAAAUGUUAGUUGGCCAUGGAGUACAAUCAGAUAGUUUUAAAUGUUUUUUUAGGAAAUAGUAUUUUUUUAUACAUAAAAUCAAAUGAAUUACUUACUUUUGUACCAUAAUAAGAAGAAAGAAAUAAACAAAAACGAAAACACAAUCGAAAUUAAAUAUCA